UAUAUACCUAUACAAUUAAUGAAUUUUUGCACUUCAAUUGAAUUAUCAUGGAAAACAAUACAAAUAAUAAGAAUGUAGACUGGUCCAGGUAUGGUUUAGGCAAUGAGAAUGCAACCAGAUCUCGAGGGAAUACAGGGGGCUUUGUUGACUUAGGCAAUGAGUAUGCAUAUGGCGCUGGAGGACAUCAAGCAUCUGGAGCUAAUGAGUUGUUUGCUGAAGAGCAGGGUGAUGUGCCUUGGUGGAAGUCAAACUUCUUCAUAUCACAACCAGUUCUGUUUGGCACCUGGGAUGGUGUAUUCACAUCAUGUUUGAUCAACAUAUUUGGUGUCAUUGUAUUCUUGCGGUCUGGCUGGAUUGUAGCACAGGCAGGAAUUAUAAGUGCUGUACUAAUUGUUUUAUUUACAGUGUUUGUUGCUCUCAUAUCAGUGCUCUCAGCUGUUGGAAUCUGUGAGAGAUGCCGUAUGGAAAGUGGAGGUGUUUAUUUCUUAGUUGCACAUGUACUUGGAUCCAGGUUUGGAGGCUCUCUUGGUCUUCUAUAUUGUUUUGGUCAGGCUGUUGGUUGUGCUUUAAAUGUAUUAGGUUUUGGUGAGUCAAUUGCAGAAUUAUUAGGUGUUGGUGAUUCUAAAUGGGCAGUCAGAGCCAUUGCCGGCGCUGCAGUAUUGCUACUAAGUGUGAUUAAUGUAGCCGGUGUGAAAUGGGUGAUAAAAUUGCAAUUCAUUUUACUUUUAAUAUUGCUGUUGUCUGGAUUGGAUUUUAUGGUUGGCAGCUUUACACAUGCAGAACCAGAGAACGGUUUUAACGGGUGGUUGAUGGGCAACUUUGGGGAGAAUUUGUGGUCUGACUACAAAGAGGGUUACAGCUGGUUCACAGUUUUCGGUGUGUUUUUCCCCACUAUAACUGGUAUCUUGGCUGGGCUUAACAUGAGCGGUGAUUUGAGAGCACCUUCGAUUAAUAUACCGAAUGGAACACUUUCCGCUAUAACCACAGGCACCUUUUUAUACUUAGUAUUUGUGCUAUUUUUGGGCGCAACCUGUAGCAGGAGUUACCUGAUGACGGACUUCACGAUAGCAGCUACCGUCUCUGCCGUCAAUGUUUUACUCUUGGCUGGCUUAUAUGUGUCUUCUAUGUCUAGCUGCUUGGGUGCCAUGUAUGGUACACCCAGAGUAUUGCAGUCGAUCUCACUCGAAAACGUCAUUCCUGGAAUUGGAAUACUAGGAAUGGGUCGUGGUCCAAAUAAAGUGCCUUUAUAUGCGAUGGCUGUUGUUGCCGUUGUGACUUUAACUUUUAUAUUAGUAGGAGAGAUCAACACGUUGGCUCCAAUAGUAACAAUGCCUUAUUUACUAACAUACGCUUGCAUAGACUACUCGUACUUUACACUGGCGCAAACAUUCGAUUUGCAACACCAAAGGGAGGAAAGAUUUAUACCGAGGAAGCAGUCGCAAUCAUUGAAUGGAGGUACUACUCCAUCGGACGAUCUGGACAACUUGUUCCCGGAACGCACCCGUCACAAGACCCUGAGGGUAAUAAAUACCAAUAAUAUCAAUUACAAUAGCUAUUAUACUACAUUGAUUUAUUCACAGGCUGAUUCGAGUUCUGGAACUCCGAGUACACCGGACGAUAAAGAUGAAGCCACCCCGAUUGUACCGAAAGCCCACAUUCAUUCCAAACCGAAGAAUUGGUAUUCCAGUCUGUGCAAUAGAUGGUUUUCGCUGUUCGGCGCCGCCUUGAAAAUCUUCAUUAUGUUCCUGGUCAAUUGGGGUUAUGCUUUGAUUAGCAUUCUGGCUGUAUUCUUGGUGUGGUUAUACAUAGGCACUGCCAAUCCGGCUGUGAAGCCGGGUCUCGCCGCUGAAUUCCAUUUCUUUAAGUGGCUUAAAACUGUUAUUCUUAGAUGUUGCGGAAGGCGCGUCCAUGAAUACGAACAAAUUGUCGUUACUCCGAUUCAUCGUAACAUUGAUGUUACAUCAGCACAAUUGAAUGAGGAUAACGAAGACUUCGCUUCGCGAAGAAGGUACCACCAGUCCGCUACCGUUCAUGGCCAUAUGGUUCAUAUAGACGACUGACAACCAAUAUUAUCAUUCGUUUAAAACCGAGAGGCUUAAAUCAAUUUUUCUUAAUUAAUAAAUGUAUAUAAUAUAAUUUAUAUCAAUCACCAAUGUAAUAAUUUAUUUACAAUACUAAUAAGAAAUCUACAUAAUAUGCUUAUAAUUGUUACAAUGAUUAU